AUGUCGCCCCAACCAGUUGUCAAACUUGACACACCAGUAACCUACCGGCUCUACCUCAGCCACAGACUACCCGCGAGCAGGAAAGGUUGUUUUAUGGGACCAAUCUGCACCUGCCGAACAGUGAAAACAGUACAGGUCCCAAAGUCGCAGCAGCGGUUGGUCCUGCGACAGACCCUCGCCAGGGCCGCAAGCCUGGAGGUUGCGAGGCACCAUGCCCUCCCACUGGACAGCUUCACUGUGGCGAUAGACCGUGCUGUUAUGUUAUUUCGGCGCGGCUGUGCGGCCAAGGACCAGAAUUUACCAGGUGUGGAUAUCCGGAGCGAGGACUCGUGGUCCGACGCAGAGGAGGCAAUACAGUACUGGAGCCAACAUGGCCUCGCAGUGCCGGUGUGGAUCGAAUUCUACGUCAAAUCGCCACCUGACCGCGGUCAUUCGUUUACCAUACCAAGCAAGGCAGUCCCGCCGAAAGGGAAUGAGAUUGCUAUCCACCAGGCUCUCGCGAACGAAGAGGCCCAGAUCCCCAGACUGCGCGACAGUCCGUCAACAGCUUCAAGUACGGUCAUUGCAAGUGGCUCAACGACAUCUGAGAGUAGCCGUGCCUCAUCUGGGUCUGACGAUGAGACGUGA